AUCCAGCGCCAUAGUUAUAAGCAAAAAACGCAGUAAAAGUUCUUCACAAGCUUGAGGUUCACUAGCACUCACUUAGUCUCACUGGCACGAGUCCAAUCCGAUCUCCUCUAUUCAACCUCAUCCAGCAUCGUGUUUGACGACAUUUUCACGACUAAUGCCAUCGACAAGGACGCGCACGGCAAAAAAAAUCGAUCGAGGUCCGGAUUUGCCCCAUGAUGCGAAUCCUUAUUUUUUUUUAUUCCUGUUACUGACAUGUGCAAUAUUGUACGACCAGUAUCUCGGUUAUACGCUCGUUCAAAGAACUACGAUAUGGACUUGACGCUUGACUAUAAUAUCGAGCUCUUCCCUUUAGUGAAUGGGGACAGCUUCGGAAUGGCCCUUUGCUUCGUCGCUUUCAUGAGAUGCGGCAGUGCACCCACCGCAGAUGGUGAAGAUGACGAAGACAAAGAUAGAGACGUAUGGAUACAAGACGGUAAGGGAAGAAGAUGCUUGGAAGAAUAUUAUGACUAUAUAAUGUAUGGGAAGGUGCUACCCUGUCUUUCUAUCAUCCCGGUCCCGGGCUUGAAUUUACUCGUUGGUCUUGCAGGUAUAUAAGUUUGAUACCGGAUCCUCCGACAUU